AUGGACAAGCUUGCAGAGAAAGCAGCCCACGAUCACGACAUCGGCGACGCCCAAAUGUCAUGUUACGACUGGGUCAACGCUACGGCAGCACUUGUACGACGCCGCAUCGCCGCCGCCACGGUCGACGCCAUAGACCGACGCCAAACAGAGGACUACGAAUCCAGCACCCACAACCAACCCGACGGCAGCGACGGGCACAGCGCUGGCAUGCCCAGCGACGACGCCCAGGACGAGACCCCAGCACCACCUCCAGCCCCAGCGACGGCAGAGGAAAGCGACGAGAAGAGGAGAAGGAGAUGGGCGCAACGACUCCUCAGCGCGGCGACCAGCCAUCAACGCAUCGGAGAGCAGCAGCACGACGCUGACCAGCACCACGUGCAAGACCCACGGCAUCAGCACCACCGUGACCAGCACGCCGACAACAGCACCACUGACCAGCACGACGAGCAGCGGCGGACGGCUCCAACCCAACAAGACGACGCCGUUGCGAGGCGCAGUGCCGACGCGAGCUGGGACGAGAUCCCACCGCGGCCGCGCGCGGCCCGCGCGGGGCGGCCGCGCGGGGCGGCCGCCGCGGAGAAGUCAGCCAUCGCGGCCGCCUGGGUGUCCGUCCUGCUGGUGCCGUCCGACCCGCUGCGAAUCAAGCAAAGCCCCGCCCCCGGCGGGCGUGCCGCGGGCGCUGCGCGGGCGCCCCGUGCGCGGGCCGCGGCGGGCGCCUCGCGGGCGCCUCGCGGGCGCCUCGCGGGCGCCUCGCGGGGCCUGCCGAGGGCUCGCCCGGCGGCGGGCCCGCGGGCGCCCCGUGCGCUGGCGGGGUCUGCCGAGUGGCGGCGCGUCUCUGUGCGGCGGCCUCGGGCACGGGGUCGCGGCGCCGACCUCGCGCCCAAGCUGCUCCAGGGCGAGGGGCCAUCGGGCGCCGAGCGCGGGCGGCCGGCGCCCUCGAUGGCGGCCCCGGCGGCGCUGCUGGCCCGUCGGCUGCCGGCCGGCGCGGCGGCCGCGGCCGCCGCCGCGGCCGCGGCGCCGCCCGCGCGGGGGGCAGAACUCGAGGAGCACACGCCUGCACUGUUGCAGAGCACAUCGCCAGAGACCUGGAGGCCGAGGCUGGCCGCCGCCCAGCUGCUGCUCCAGGACCUCGCCCGCGUCCGCGAGGCCCGCGAGCAUGCCGGCGCGCUGGCCGCGCUGCUGGAGCACCUGUGGGACGAGGUGCGCGCCGCCGGGCUGCCCGCGGCGCGCGCGGAGCUGCUGCUGCACCGGCUGGCCGAGGACUACGGCCACGGCACCCUGCGCAGCGAGCACGUGCGGCGGCUGAGGUCGCUGCUCGGCGAGCUGGGCAUCGGCUCCGUGCUGGACCCGCUGGCGCACACGGGCCUCCACGCGGCGCGCCUCGCCGCCGCGGGGCUGCGCGUGGAGGCCGCGGACGCGAGCCCGGCGGCGGCGUGCUGGUGGCACGUGGCGGAACGCCCGGGGGCGAGCACCGAGUGGCAGAGGUAUGGGGACGGUUGGGCGCUGCUGCUCUCGUGGCUGCCCCAUUGGAACGCGCUCGGGGAGGAGCUCCUGCGCGGCUUCCGCGGCAGGGUCCUCGUGGUGCUGGGCGACGAGGAGUGGACUGGCACCGACGCGUUCCGGGAUCUGCUGCGGCGGGACUGGGAGCUGGCAGCCAUGUGGCACACCGACUCCCCGUGGCCCAGAGUGGACGAGCGCAUCCGGGUCUACGUGCGGAAAUAGGGUGGCGACGGUGCAGUUGCUGCCGAUGGCGCACGCCUCAUGGCCCUCCAGCGCGACACGAACCCCAAGAAAGUGGUUCUGCCCCAGGAGAGCGGGGGGCAGGACGCCGCUGGAGCGCCCCGGCGCCCCAUGAUCCGCUCGGAGGCACGGCUGCCGGCGUCGCCGACGCGGGCGCACGCGCAGCCGGCCGCUUGACAGCGCGGCGCGGCGCGGCUGGCGGCUCUGGUUGCGAGCCGCGAGUGCGGCGACGACGACGACGACGUCGACGGCGAGAAGAAAAAGAGGCUGGCAGAGGAGUCUGCGCC